AUUGUCAUCUCUUCGUCUCGCUCGAUCGCCGUACGUAUCCAUCAUAUAUUUGCUAGUGUCCACCGGAGAGGCUCAUUCAAUUCUGAUCGUGAAGCACACAUACAUACAUACAUACAUCGAUCCGGCCGGCGGACGCGGAUCGAUCGCGGCGGGGCGGGAGAUGGGGUGGUCGGCGGCGAAGAUGGAGUGGGGGCCGGCGGUGUGCAUGGUGCUGAUCGAGCUGUUCACGACGGGGCAGAUGCUGCUCACCAAGGUCGUCGUUGACGCCGGCCUAUUCGUCUUCGCUCUCCUCACCUACCGCUUCCUCAUCGGCUCCGUCCUCGUCCUCCCCCUCGCCAUCAUCCUCGAGAGGGGGAAACAGAAGGAGCUUAAAUUGAAGGCAUUCCUAUGGAUUUUUACAAGUGCAUUUGUAGGAUUCACUGUUCCUGGUCUGUACUACAUAGGCCUGGGAGAUACAUCACCAGGAUACGCAAUUAACUUCUACAACAUCAUCCCAAUCGCUACAUUCAUCCUUGCAGUUCUUUUCAGGAAGGAGCCACUGAACAUGAGAAGCCUGGUAGGAAUCAUCAAGGUAGUUGGAACCUUGGUCUGUGUUGGAGGCACAGUUGUGAUCAGCCUCUACAGAGGCAAAGUGCUGCAUCUGUGGCCAACCAACAUUACUGGCUACAACCCAAACAAGGCAGGAGCUGCAUUUGGGCACCACCACAUCCGUGGAACCAUCCUGCUCAUCAUCAGUUGCUUGAGCCUUGCAGUCUGGUACACAGUGCAGGCUCAGAUGCUGAAAGUGUUCCCAUACAAGUAUUGGUCCACGGUUGCUUCAUGCUUUGUUGGGAGUAUCCAGAUGGCUAUUACAGGGGUUGCGAUGAACAGAGAGAAGGCCACUUGGCAACUGAAAUGGAACAUGAGCUUGCUUACUAUCGUCUACUCAGCGAUACUGAACACGGCUGCCAAGUUUGUGAUGAUUUCAUGGGUUGUCACGCAGCGAGGACCAACGUACCCAUCAAUGUUUUGUGCUGUAUCAGUGGUGUUCACGACCAUACUCGAUUCGUUGCUUCUAGGCCAUGAUCUCUCGGUUGGAAGUGUUCUUGGCAUGCUCCUGAUUCUUGCUGGGCUGUAUCUUUUCCUCUGGGGAAAGGGGAAAGAAGUGGUUCAUGAGACCAUUGAAAAACCCAAGGAGACGAUAGAUAGAACCACCGAGCUACCAUCCCACGUAUGAUUACUACUUUCUAGAUGUAAUAGAUAUUCAUGCCAGUAAAAAUUAUUCAAAGUGUUCCAAUGUACGUAUUGUGAAUAUGAAGAGUCUCAGUAAUUCUCUAUUGGAAGAACUAUAUGUUCUGGAAGUGUCAUUAUCCAACGAAAGCAGCGGAACGCCAGAAAACUGUACAAUUUCAGUUUAUAUGCUUCAAAGAAUUGGAAACUCUGCAA